UUAACCCCUCUGCCCCAGUCUGACUUCAUAUAUCUCAAUGUCUUGACCGUACGACGAGAUAGUUGUAGAUAUGCAGACCACACGCAGCCUCGCACGCGGUCUCGGCUCGCCUGCCCACAUCUGGGAAUCUCAAGUCCGAUCUUCGCCCGCUCGCGUCGCACCCAAUCACCUACAUCAUUCGCUCAAAGCACUGCAGACAUCAACACCAACACCAACAACACAGCAGCAGAGAUGGAAGACUACGAGGGCAUCUUCUCGGAGCCUGCAUCAGCAAACGGUUAAGAAGGCUCAGGCUACGGCUGCAGCGGUUCAGCAGCCACACCCAGUUCCGGACUCAUCCAAUCCGGCACUCUCAUUUCCAUGUCUUGAUGCAGUGGAAUCGCGGUCGUUGAACCUGCAGAAUCGACGGUCCCAGGAGAGCGGCCCGGAACCAUCGUACACAACCGGCCGACAUCAAGUUUUCCAUUCCAACGCUCCAUUCCUCACUGACUGGGGAGGAGUGCUCCCAGAAUUCGACAUCGCCUUCGAAACUUGGGGCUCUCUCAAUGCAGACAAGUCCAAUGCUAUUCUUCUACACACGGGUCUUUCGGCUUCAAGCCAUGCUCACAGCACACCGGACAAUCCAAAGCCGGGCUGGUGGGAGAAGUUCAUAGGACCUGGAAAGUCACUUGAUACAGACAAGUACUUCGUCAUCUGUACGAACGUCAUAGGUGGAUGUUUUGGCUCUACGGGACCAAGCUCGAUCGAUCCAGCCGAUGGUAGAAGAUAUGCGACAAGAUUUCCCAUUUUGACCAUGGAGGACAUGGUGAGAGCGCAGUUCAGACUAGUCGAUGCUCUAGGCAUUGAGAAGCUGUAUGCCAGUGUGGGCGCCAGCAUGGGCGGCAUGCAAUCUUUAGCUGCUGGCAACCUUUUCCCAGAGAGGGUAGGCAGAGUGGUGUCGAUAUCUGGCUGUGCGAGGAGCCAUCCAUACAGCAUUGCCAUGCGGCAUACUCAACGACAAGUUCUGAUGAUGGAUCCGAAUUGGCGCCGAGGCUUCUACUAUGACACUGGCAUUCCUCCACACGGAGGGAUGAAGCUUGCCCGUGAAAUCGCCACUGUAACGUACCGCUCUGGUCCCGAAUGGGAAGCUCGCUUUGGUCGUCGUCGGGCAGAUCCCUCUAAGCCUCCAGCAUUAUGCCCGGAUUUCCUGAUUGAAACGUACUUGGAUCAUGCCGGUGAGAAGUGGUGUCUCGAAUAUGAUCCAAAUUCGCUGCUCUAUGUGAGUAAGGCGAUGGACAUGUUCGACUUGGGUGCGGAGCAUCGGAACAAGAUAUCGAAGCUUCGGGCGAGCAAUGCUUAUAAGCUGAACGAUUAUGGAGGAGUGAGGUACACCAGCGAGGAUUCAUUGUCCUGCUCGCUCACUCUACCUGAGAAACCUUACGAAGAGCGAGACGGGCCAGAAACACCGGAUAUGACGUCGCCAGCGGCUGAUCCAGCUGCCCAGACAUCUCCACAUGACCCGCCUGCGGAUCUAGUAGCGGGCAUGAAACCAAUGGCGAACACACCUACUCUUGUUCUAGGCGUAGCAAGCGAUAUUUUGUUCCCGGCUUGGCAACAACGAGAAAUCGCGGAGACUCUGAGAAAGACUGGAAAUACGAUGGUCACACACGUUGAAUUGGGCGAGGAAAGAAGCCUAUUCGGCCACGACACUUUUUUGCUUGAUGUGGAGGGAGUUGGCGGUGCCGUAAAGCAGUUCUUAGGCUAAAGCCGGUUUUUAUCAGCGCCAGACUUUGAAUAACUUUGUAUUGAUUAUUAGCGACGCAUAUUUGGUGGCGUUGGGUCUGUGGAAAAUAUACAUGUACGCAUGGAUACCUUUUUUGUAACGACAAAUGGCACAUGCAGCCUAUAUAUCACGGCCUAGAAAUCUAUUAAUUGGUGUCCAAGUAAUCCAUUUCUUACGUCCAUGGACACUGAAAGGCCGCCCUUUCAUGUUCUUGGAGUCUUACUACAAGAGACAAAACUAUCAUGUUCAUUCAUA